CAUACCUCACAGGAUAAUGGUAUUCUACAGGCAGCAUGGAAAGUGAUAAUCAUAUUUAGCCAAAACCACAGUCAGCUCUCUGGCAAGGAGCCAUUAGAAACCAACACGCUCUCAGUAAGCUGCCCGGCACAGCUGGGUUUUCCUGAACACGAGGUGGAAGAGUUGGCCUGUGUCUAGGGACCAUGCUGAAGCAAGACACUGCUCACACGCAGUAGAAGAGAGGCCCAAGGGAACUGAGACCAACCUGGGACCAGCAGAGUCCCGGGUGUCAUCACCACAUGCUCUCUCUGGAACAGACACAUAGUGGAUGGAACUGGUGCACUAUUUAAAUCAUGUCUGUCCUUCCUUGUUUGUAUGGAGUUUCAUAUGUGUACGUUACAGAUCAGUGUCAGGCAGCUCAGCACUAAUGGCACUUCACUGGCUUGCCUGGAAGAUUCAGUGAGAUGAUGAAUGUCGAGCACUCAGCCCGGGCCUGGCACCAUGAGCACACUCUGAGGUUGCUGAUUCGAGAGAAAACCUAGGGGUUCCUGGUAGUCUCAGGGCUGAGGGGUGCCCUUGUCCAUGUCUUCCCUGUCAUCUGUGUGAAGUCACUCGGCUGUUGGCUGUGUUGACCUCCCUCUGGAUAGGCUGCUAUUUGUAUGUCAGAGAGCAGCAGAAAAUCUGCAGGUGGUGGCCUUGGGGAUGUAGAUGGUUAGAAGACCAAGUGGACACAGUCUGUUGAUGAGUUGGAUGUGGGGGAUCUUGGAGAAAGGUGAUGAUCAGGUUCCUGGUAUAGAGCCUUGGAAAGCAUUUCCUCUCCCAGGAGCCCCGUGAAGGACACGCCGUAGAUGCAGGAAGACGGCGGAUGAGGACAGCCCAGCUGAAGUGAGGCGUCCAGGACAGAGCAUGGCUGCAGCCCUGGAGGCCCAGGCCCGGGCGUCUCCCCCACCAGAGCUUGAAGAACUCCUAAUUGUGAAACUGGAGGAGGACGCGUGGAGAUCAGAGUCCAGGCCUCAGGAGAAGGACCAUGACCCUGGCCCCGGCCCAGAGGCCUCCCGCCAGCGCUUCAGGCAGUUCCAGUACAGGGACGCAUCGGGACCGCACGAGGCCUUCAGCCAGCUCUGGGCGCUCUGCUGUCGCUGGCUGAGGCCAGAGGUCCGCCUCAAAGAGCAGAUCCUGGAGCUGCUGGUGCUGGAGCAGUUCCUGACUAUCUUACCCAGGGAGGUCCAGGCCUGGGUGCAGGCGCGCCACCCUGAGAGCGGCGAGGAGGCGGUGGCCCUGGUGGAGGAUUGGCACCGAGAGGCUCGGGCUGCAGGGCAACGGGAACUGGAGCUGUGUGGAGAAGAGACCCGGUCCUUGAAGGCACCGCGGGAAUCUCAGAGCUUUCAGCGGCAGUCAGCCCAGCACUGGCCCGAGAGACCGCCCCAGAGGCAGUGGGUGAGGAAUCCGGGCCCGGAGCUUCCCAAGCAUCUCGACUCCAAGAUGGCGCCCCAGGCCUUGAAGGAGAGUGCUGUCCUCACUCCCCGAGUCCCUACUCUCCCAAAGAUGGGGAGCGUUGGAGAUUGGGCGGUGACAGCUGAGUCCCAGGAAGCCCGGGGCCCUGGAAGACGUGCCGAGAAGGAGUUUCGCAAGGAGGCCCCCGGAGACAACCGUGGGAACGGCGUGUCCCUGGGAGUUCUAGUUUCAAAACCAAAUAUCAUCACCCAGCAAGAGCAAGGACCAGAAUUCUGGGGUCCGAGUCGUAUAAAUUCCGGAAAAAGGCGCACUGCCGAUUACAGCCUGGAUAAUGAGCAAAUAAAACCAGCCCCAGCCCUGGUCUGGAGGGACUCUCAGGCGUGGGAAGAACAGUACCAAUGGGACGCGGAGGAUAUGAAGGUGUCGGGCGUGCACUGGGGCUAUGAGGAGACCAAGACCUUCCUGGCAAUUUUGAGUGAGUCUCCUUUCUCUGAAAAGCUCCGGACUUGUCACCAGAACCGACAGGUGUAUCGGGCCAUCGCAGAGCGGCUGAGGGCACGAGGCUUCCUGCGGACACUGGAGCAGUGUCGCUACAGGGUCAAAAACCUCCUACGGAACUACCGGAAAGCCAAGAGCAGCCACCCACCGGGGACCUGUCCCUUCUACGAGGAGCUGGAGGCCCUGGUGAGGGCUCGGACAGCCAUCAGAGCCACAGACGGCCCAGGAGUGGCUGUGGCCCUCCCCAGGCUGGGGGACAGUGAUGCAGAGAUGGAGGAACAAGAGGAUGGGAACUGGGAGCCAGAGGAAACGGCAGAAGACUGUAAUGGUGAUGACCUGGCCACUGGCGAGUCCGUCCAGGGGCCCAGGAUUGCAAGGGGUCCGGCUCUAUUCCAGAGCCGUAUUGCAGGUGUGCACUGGGGCUAUGAGGAGACCAAGGCCUUCCUGACCAUUCUCAGUGAGUCCCCAUUCUCUGAAAAGCUUCGCACCUGUCACCAGAACAGUCAGGUGUACCGGGCCAUCGCAGAGCGGCUAUGUGCACAGGGCUUCCUGCGGACACUGGAGCAGUGUCGCUACAGAUUUAAGAACCUCCUUCGAAGCUACCGGAAAGCCAAGAGCAGCCACCCACCAGGGACAUGCCCCUUCUAUGAGGAGCUGGACUCACUGGUGAGGGCACGGACGGCAGUCAGAGCCAUGGGGAACAUCAGAGAGGUAGCAGGUCUUCCUACGUCUGGGUGGAGCAGUACAGAGGCUGACGACCAGGAGGCCUGGGAUGAGAUGGCAGAUGAAAAUGUCAUCAAACCUCCAACCCCAUGUCCUAAAACCCCGCACACUGGUUUUGAGAUGAGUCAUGAGGAUGAAGGCCAGAGUUCAGAGCAGGAUAUUUUUGAGGAUUUGCCUGGAGUGUUAUCAAAAUGUCCUCCAGAAGUUGUUUGCCACCCUCACGAUUGGGAGGAAGACAGUGAACAUGAAAAUGAAGAUGAAGAGCAGGCAGGAAAUCCACCACAGGAACGGUGGGAAGAAUGUUCUUCUGAAGAAGACUUAGAAAAACUUAUUGACCAUCAAGGCCUGUACCUUGCAGAGAAAUCCUACAAGUGUGACACAUAUGUGAAAAGCUUCAGUCGGACCUCCCACUUCAUCGCUCGCCAGCAGACACACACAGGUGAGAAGCCCUACAAAUGCCUCAAAUGUGGGAAAAGCUUUAGUGACCGCUCCAACCUCAAUACCCACCAGAGAAUUCACACUGGAGAGAAGCCCUACAAAUGCUUCGAAUGUGGGAAAAGCUUUAGUGAUCACUCCAAUCUUGUCACCCACCAGAGAAUUCACACAGGGGUAAAGCCCUAUAAAUGUGGGGCAUGUUGGAAAAGCUUCAACCAGAGCUCCAACCUUCUGAAACAUCAGAGAAUCCACUUGGGAGGAAAUCCUGACUAUUGUAGUGAGCCCGGGGAAAACUUUGGCCAAAGCCCCUCCUUUAGUGCUCACUGGAGGAACUUGACAGAGGAGACAACUCCUGAACAACCUCAAAGUGCCAGUAGGAACUUAGAUUCUCCUGGACCGUACAGCACCAACUCAGGGGAGAAACUUUAUCGGUGUUCUGAGUGUGGAAGAACCUUCUCCAAGAGCUCUGCCCUCAUUAGUCACCAAAGAAUCCAUACAGGAGAGAAACCAUAUGAAUGUGCUGAAUGUGGGAAAAGCUUCAGUAAGAGCUCCACCUUGGCUAACCACCAGAGAACCCACACUGGGGAGAAGCCAUAUAAGUGCAUGGACUGUGAGAAGUGCUUCAGUGAACGCUCCAAGCUCAUCACACAUCAGAGAGUGCACACAGGAGAGAAGCCCUACAAAUGCCUCGAGUGUGGAAAAUUCUUCCGUGACCGUUCUAAUCUCAUUACUCACCAGAGGAUUCACACGGGAGAGAAGCCUUAUAAGUGCAGAGAGUGUGGGAAAUGCUUUAACCAGAGCUCCAGUCUUAUUAUUCACCAGAGAAUCCACACUGGGGAAAAACCCUACAAGUGCUUGGAGUGUGGCAAAGACUUCAACAAUAGCUCCCACUUCAGUGCCCACCGGAGAACCCAUACAGGAGGGAAAGCGUCGUAGAAGAUAACUCCCCCCACAACAAAAGAGAAAUGUGUAUUUAAAUCUCCCAAGAUUAUCAGAUGUUUGGUAGAAAGAAACAUUCCCAGUUUUUAAGCUUGGUGUAUACCCAGGGAAGUUAUCUUGAUAUAAUCCAGGUAAUUUGGCAGCGAAUUACAAAUGCUAAGGGUCCAAA